AUGAAGGAGCAGACCGAGAGAAAUCAUGUGGUUGAAGGAUUUGAGGUAACUAACAGCCUGAAGGAGCCCCGACAGCUUAUUCUGGUGCAGCGUGGAGGAGAAUAUGAGUUGCUUAUGCGUCCUGUCCAAGACAUUCAUGUUGGAUGUACCACUGCACAAGUAGUGAUUCCUGUUAACGACCAUUUUCGAAUUAUACAAGAAGCUGAAGAAGCUGUCCUGAUUGAUUUGUCACCAACCUCUGGAUGUAAAUUCAUAAUUCAAGGGGACCAGACUCCGCAACUGCAUUUUGAGUUCCAGGAUGAAAAAGCGGCAUCUUCCCUUUUGACAGAUGUGAGGAAGAUUCAGCAAUCAUUGUUAAAGACAAGACCAGCUGAGGUGAUGGAUCCAUUUGGAAUAGAUUCUUCAAACUGGUAUCAGUCAUCAGAAACUGUACAGAAAACAGCUUCCAAAUUACCUGGCACAGAAAAUAUGGGGUUUGUGGAUAACUUCUCUGACCUAAGUAUAGAACAGAAGAAAAAUCAACAGAACCAACAGUUAUCAAGUCCAAGGCCUCCACCUCCACCUCCCGCAAACAGAACGUUGCCUGCUGAAAAGCCAAAUGGACGAACUGAUCAACUCAGACGAGACAACACAAUAAGGAAGCUUUUUGAGCCAAGCAACCAGUCUAUGCAACGUGAAGGACUGAUCAAACACUACAUGUUAAAGAGAGAAUCCGAGUACGUGGACAUUCAGGACUUCAGAUUUUUUGUUGGUACAUGGAAUGUUAAUGGACAAUCCCCUGAUUCUGAACUGCAUCCAUGGCUGCGCUAUGAUAAGUCACCUCCUGACUUGUACUGCAUAGGUUUCCAGGAGCUGGAUUUAAGCACAGAAGCCUUUUUCUAUUUCGAUUCUUUAAAGGAGCAAGAAUGGUUGUUGGCUGUCAGGAAGAGUCUUCAUCCCAAAGCCAGGUACAUAGAGGUACGCACAAUCCGUUUGGUGGGAAUGAUGCUCGUGAUUUUUGUCAAGGAACAGCAUCUGAAACACAUUAGGGAAGUGAUGGCAGAAACUGCAGGCACAGGACUAAUGGGCAAAAUGGGUAAUAAGGGAGGUGUAGCUGUGAGGUUUGUUUUCCAUAACACCUCAUUUUGUGUGGUGAACUCCCACCUGGCUGCUCACGUAGAGGAUUUUGAGAGGAGAAACCAGGACUACAGAGAGAUAUGUUCUCGAAUGAGUUUUGCAAUGUUGGAUCAAAAUAUACCUCCACUCAGCAUCACUAGGCAUGAUGUUGUUCUAUGGCUAGGGGACUUGAAUUAUAGACUUUGCAUGUCAGAUGCCAAUGAAGUUAAAACCAAAAUAGUCCAUGGGGAGAUUAAGCAGCUGCUGGAACUGGAUCAGCUGAAUAUUCAGCGGAGUACCAAAAAGGCCUUUGCAGAUUUUUUGGAAGGAGAGAUCACAUUUAUUCCAACUUAUAAAUAUGAUUCUAAGACCGAUCGGUGGGAUUCCAGUGGUAAGUGCCGUGUUCCAGCUUGGUGUGAUCGGGUGUUAUGGAGAGGUAGUAAUGUGAAACUCCUAGACUACCGCAGUCACAUGGCUCUUAAGACAAGUGAUCACAAACCUGUUAGUGCUGUGUUCGACAUUGGGGUGAAAAUUGUUGAUAACAGGAGAUACAAGCAGGCAUUUGAAGAUCUUGUACGAAGAAUGGAUCGAAUGGAGAAUGAGUUUCUGCCUUCGGUACUGCUCAGUCAUAGGGAUUUUACAUUUGAGAAUGUCCGGUUUCGACAGCUACAGAGAGAGAAAUUCCAUAUUACAAAUGAUGGACAAGUUCCCUGUCACUUUGUCUUCAUCCCAAAGCUGAAUGAUGCACAGUACUGCAAACCAUGGCUAAGAGCAGAACCGAGUGACGGAUACCUAGAACCCAAUGAGACCUUGGAGAUUUCACUAGAAGUCUAUGUUAGCAAGGACUCUGUAACAUUGUUAAACUCUGGAGUCGAUUCUAUAGAAGACAUACUGGUUCUCCAUCUGGACCGGGGCAAAGAUUAUUUCCUUACCAUCUGUGGAAAUUAUGUACCCAGCUGUUUUGGAACACCGUUGGAGACUUUAUGUAGAAUGAAAAGACCAAUCCGUGAAGUGCCAGUCUCCACACUCAUUGACCUGGGAGAAGACAGCUUCAUAGACAAGCAGGAGAAAUCCUUGAAGAAGCUGAGUCCAUGGGACACAGAAGGGACAGAAGAUCGACCCUUGCAAAUUCCAAAGGAGAUCUGGCUGUUGGUUGACCACUUAUACAAGAAUGCUUGUCACCAGGAGGAUUUGUUCCAGACCCCAGGAAUGCAGGAGGAAUUACAACGUAUUAUUGAAUGCCUAGAUACUAGCAUCCCAGAAGUAAUACCUGGCAGCAAUCACUCCGUGGCAGAGGCGUUGUUGAUUUUCCUAGAAGCCUUACCAGAACCUGUAAUAUGCUAUGAGCUGUAUCACUGCUGUCUUGACUCAUCCUAUGACAGUAGGUUAUGCCGAAAGGUGAUUUCUCAGUUGCCUCGUAGCCAUCGAAGUGUAUUUAGGUACUUGAUGUCAUUUUUACGAGAAUUGCUGAAAUACUCUGAACACAACAAUCUCAGUGUAAAUAUGAUUGCCAGCCUUUUUGCUACUCUUCUUCUGAGGCCCCCACCAAACCUAACUGGGAAGCAGACCCCUCAGGACCGACAGAAAGCCGUCAACUUCAUCCAGGGUUUCCUGACUGGGGGAGCAGAUGAAGACUUGACCUAGACUUGCUAAAGUGAAAUAGCAGUGAGCCUGUCUUCUAGCGCCAUAUUUUGUAUUACACACAUUUCACAUGCAAGCACUUCAGUCAUAUACCUACUUUGUGGAACAGCUAUCCCAGGUAGUGAUAUAGCGAGAGGACUAUGGAACAAUUUAUACCCAAAUAUUAGGAGGGAGAAUCGCAACUAAAGAAAAAAAAAAACUACGUAUCUGCUGAUGAUAUGCAUUAUGCACAGGACAGUGGAUUUCUGCCAAACACUGUUCCUUGUAUAUAGCAGCAUUUCAAAAGAUGGUUAUGAAACAUGCACUCAGAUGAGUUUAAAUAUGAUUAGGACUGGCACAAGUGGUGGUCAGGAGUAUUUACUGAAGUGGUUCGUUUUGUUCUACUUCCAAGCAGAGUUCAUGGGCUACUGAUUUUCUGACUGUCUUCAGGAGUGUCAUACAGUUGUGUGAAAAUUCAUCUUCAGCUGGUACCACAACGUAAUGGGCUGUUUGCUUUUGUCAUUGACAGUUGUCAUAACUGGCAUUGCUGGUGUCAUGCUAUUUGGUGUUUACACUGAAGAAGUAAUGUUUUUCCUAUAAGAGAUUUCUCAGGUGUUCGGUGACAGUGCAGUAUGUUGCAUUUUACUAUUUGUAUAUCUCUCCUUAAUAUGUCUUUGCAUCAUCCUAUGUAGUAGUUUUGGAAAUUGGAGUCACAUAGCUUUGCACAUAUCCAGCACCUGAAGUGUAUGAAUUUUUUUUCUGUUUUUGACAGUCCAAAUGGUUAGGAGCCCAGAAAGAGUAGAAACUGCAUUGAAAACCCUUUUGUUGCAUUUAAGAUUCCUUGUUCAUGAAGCCUACAAUUUAGGUGUUGUGUGUUAAAAACAGGGAGGUGUGACUGUUGCACUUAAUGUUCCUGUUGCAGCCUUGUGUUUACUCUGCAGAAGAUAUGUUCCCUGGUUUUAUUAUUUUUGCAUUGUAUAGUUUGGACUUGAACUUCAGACUGUAGUGCAGCAGUGUUAACUAGGACUGCAGCUUAUGUUAUCAAGCAGAGAUAUUGAAAACAGAAACUAUCAUUUCUGGGACUGGGUCCAUACCAUACUAAAACGUUAAGAACCAGCUUCUGCUCAGAACUGUGUCCCUUAAGGUAAAUCUUUGAAGAAUCCUGUGUUUAUUUAUAGCAUUCCUUUAUAAGUUUUGAAUUUCUUUGCUCUAUCAUACUGCACAUUUGCCUGUGUGACAUGUAUACUGCAGUGGUUUACGGUGAUUUCGUGAUGAUACUUGCGUUGCAACACAUGGUCAAGAGAAGGAAAAAAAACUUGGCCAUCAUAUAAUGGGAAGCAUAUAUAUGUUCAGCCUUCAGUCUUGCCAGUAAAGAAGCCCUUAUUGUUGUAUAAAUGUAGAAUAAGGGAAUCUGAAUGAGGCUAUUGGGAUAGUGAAGAAUUCUUUAAUUACACUGAUUUGGAGUUGUGCUACCCUCAGCCUUUUUCCCUUACUAAAAGUGAAUCUGUGUCUGCCUUUAAUGUACCCUGUUGUGUGCACAUGCUCUCUCUCUCUCUCUCUCUCACACACACACACAGCAGUUUUACUUGGCAGAUACUUUUUCAGAGUGGUGCUGCACUAGCAUAUUUGAGUAGUUUCUAUCAGGAACCCAGCUUCUUGGGAAGGCCAAACAGUGAGUGUUUUUGUACUGGCUAGUAUUAAGAGACAAGUGCUGUCUUCACUCAGUUCUCUAAAUGGUGUCACAUACUACAUUCAGGCAUCUUAGCAGCUCAAGUCUUUUAGUAAUUUUUGCAGCAUUAUUUUUCUGAGAUGUUUUCCUUUUGCCUUUCAGCCCAUUUUUGUGUUAAGUUGUAAGAAUCUGAGAGGUUGGGCUACAAUUUGAAACACCAAGACCGGCAAUAAAACAACUCUGACCACCUGAUGGCAGAAAAAGAAAAACGUUAAGGCAUUGUACCCUCACAUUUUGGUUUCUUCUGCAAGUUGCAUCACUUCAAGUACUAGAAUCAGUCUUAUUACCCGACAGCACAUGCAGAACCUUCUACAUCAAAAUUAAUUGUAUUCUAACCAUUCAUCUAAUUAUUGCUCAUUUAAAAGAGAACACCAUCCAAAUGCCAAGUUUUUCUUUCCAAAAAGUGAGUUGCCUUCCCUGUAACCCAGCACUAAAUGCAUCAGAUACAGGAAAAGCAUAAUUUAAUAAUUAUUCCAUUUGUUUUUUGCCUGAUCUUAUUUCUGUUUGCUUUUCUUGCCUAUGUUUGUUUUUGCCAUCAGUUGCAUCAUGAAGGCUACUAACAGUGGCAAAGUAAUUAGGUUUGACCACGUAUUCCAACUACAGAACCAUUAAGAAAAUAGUGUAUCUUAAACAUUGGUAUUUACACAUGUAAAUUAUCCAUCACAGAUUGCCAGGUUCACACCUCAGAUAUAUAGUAUAGCCUGGAGUCUGAACAAAGAAAGGCUUUCAAGCUUAGUUUGUUAGAUGCAAACGAAAGUAGCACCUGUUAAAAUUAGGGCUCAGAUUUCUAAUACUUGAACACUGAACUACAGUUGUUAUUUUGAAAAGAACAAUUAACUAAGCUACAUUUCAAGUCUGUCACUCAAACAUUCCUUGAAAUGCUGCAUCAGAGAUGGUCCCUAAUAUAAAUCAAAGGAAGCAAAGUAAUAAGAAAUAGAGACUGAUGACCAUCAGAAGUAGUCAGUCACUAUAUUGCUGUAAGCUGAUGAGAGAAAAUCUCAAAAAUUAUCCUUAUUCUCAUAAAGAUUUCUCCCUGUCCCUCUAAAGUGGCAUUAGGGAGGUGAAAGCAUUGACUGUAAAACAAAAUCACUCUACCCAUGGCAGCCCCCUUUCCGGCCAGUUUUGGGUAUAACAAAUUAGAAAAAAUAACCUCUUUCUCUGAUGCAAGUCUAUUAAUGAUUUUUUUUCACUGUUACUGAUGUUCGGUAAUGUUCAGUAAAGAUGUUUUCUGUACAAUAUUUAGCCAUUCGAGGGCUUAUGUUUUCAAUAGGCUGACAUAGACCCCUCUGAUGCAGAGACAUUAAUAAUGGAAAAGAAAAUUCAUAAUAUACUGAAAAACUUGUUUUUUCAGUUUUUGGGUGCAGUUCUCCUUUAUAGCAAUUUCCCCUCAAAAUCUGGGUACACUGAUAACCAGGUAUCUGCUGCCACGGUUUUUGUUCCAGUACUUUCUAGUUAUAAAAUCUUUAUCUGCUGUUGAGCAGGUCAGACAUCAUCAAAAGCAUGAAUUACUUUCUGUGAUAUUAAGAACCUUGUGUUGUGCAGUCUGUUUUCUGCAGCUGGACUUGUCACUGACUGCAGUUUGUUAAAUCACCAUUAAUGAUUUGUUUGACUUUGAUGCUAUCAGGGUCACUGUAUCAACUUCCUAUUGUCAGAUAUUUGAUGUUAACUGGUUAGCUCCCCUGAAUCCUCAUCUGUCUUCUACAUUGCUGUUUACCUGUCUCUUGUCUUCUUUCCCAGUGCACUUAGUAAUGUGUUGGCUGGUCAUAUUCUCGACUUGCUGUACCAAAGUCCAUGUCAACAAAAGCUGCUCUCAUUUAUUUGCUCUUCUGGCUCUAGUAAGAGAAAACUAGCCAUUUCUGAGUAUGAUUUGUUUUGAGUCAAACGUUUCAUGGUCCAUUGUAACCAGGACUGCAAUUCAUCUGCCACUGAAGUCUUGUUUGCGAGUACUGUUGACAUCACUGAAGUCUUGUUUGCGAGUACUGUUGACAUCACUGAAGUCUUGUUUGCGAGUACUGUUGACAUCACUGAAGUCUUGUUUGCGAGUCCUGUUGACAUCACUGAAGUCUUGUUUGCGAGUCCUGUUGACAUCACUGAAGUCUU